AUGUUUCAGACGAAAGUUGUUCAAUACCGAAGGGGACAUCAUGUAAUGGAACUUUUAUUUUUCCUGGUGGACACUCCAAGGACACAGCACUAUUUCACGAAGGGCCACGAACACUUGGGAGAAGCGAUCGACGUGAACAAGGAGCAGUCACCUUUCGUCCAUCCACCAUGUUCCCUAAUGUUCUCUUAUUUCCAAUACUGGAAAGCCAGGAAACGGUCCGCGGACAUGGAACGUAGGAAAGGGGUCACCGUGGAUGCCGGGAGGAACAAGAACCUCUUGCGCAGUCUUCGCGUCGACGUUGACUUGGAGAAGCUGGAGGCGAAGAAGCACAAAGACCUCGACGAGGCGAUGGCCAUCACCGACGUAGACCCGGAAUUCUUCAAAACGUUCGACGACCGAGUGGUCAAGGAGAAGUUCUCCGUGCACGAGUACGUCAACGAUCUCCGCGAGAUCUUCAAGACUCGUCUGCUGGCUGGCCAAGAAACCGACGACUGCAUUCGCAUCGAACAGCAAUUCGUCGAGGAGCAGAAGAGACUGGAUAAGAUAAAGCGUCGUUAUCGCAGAUACGUGAGCGGCUUCGAGGAUUUCCUGUCCAAGGAUCACGAGGUUAGCAUGGACAUUCUGGUGCGGGCUGAAGAGGAGUCGAAAUUGUCUCGGGAAUUGACCAACACGAGGAACCAACUGUUUCGGGAGUUCGGCCAGGUCAGAUUGGACGUGUACCAGUGGGAGGAGAACUGGAGGAUGGUGAAGAUGUGCCAGAGGUUCCUCUACCAAGUCUCGCCGAUCUCCUGGCGCCAGGAACACGACUGGAUCCAUCGAUCGAAAUCCGGCGAGUGCACCGUCUCCGUCGACGAUCUUUUCGGCCGCUAUCGAAUGGCCGACGAAGUAGCUUCGCUAACCUCGUUGAUAGAUCAGUUCGAGAACGACAUCUCGACGGACGGACCAACCGAAUUGUACUUCGAGGACCCGUUCGAUUUGAUCCGGGUGUUCCGAGCGAUAGAGACGCAAAAUCUGAACGCUCUGAUCCACGUGGAGUCCCUAGCGGAGCCGAUGACCCAGAUGAUGACGACGAUCGAGACCGCUGAGGAGCAGAUUAAGACGGAAGUCGAGGAGAUUAGCAACGCUAUCGCCGAGCUUCAGGCCGACAUCGAGCAAUUAGAGGCGAGGGCCGCGGAUUUGGAAAAGUACGCGGGCACGCUGCUCGAGGGAGCUUUCCGGGAGGCUGUGAGCUCCGAGGAGGUGCUCCGGUUCCAAGUGUUCAUCGAGGACGCGUUCGAGAGCUGCAUCGGGCCGAACGACGCGAAUUUGGAUAGUUUCUCCAUGAUGAAGUGGAUCGAGAAGACCCACGAGGAGCUGAACCUCGAGCUAGACACGCUGCCGCCGGAAGUGGUCCAAGCUUGCGAGAAGGAGGGCUUCAGGCAGGAGCUGAAAGCUAUCAGGGAGACCGAGGAAGCUGCUAGGAAGUUCGAGCUUAUGCAUCGAUUACUGGCUUCCCUGAAGCGUGUCAUGGAGCCACCGGCGAUAAAGAGGCGGCCCCUGGUCUGGCGUUCCGAGCCAGCGAGCCAAAGGGCCAAGCCAGCGCCGCCGCCCCCUGCGCCCACCGACGAGGAGUGGCAAUAUUUGACCUUCUUCACCGAUUACUGUAGCCAGCAGGACUUCGCCGCGUAUCGCUCGCGUUUCCCGGACGAUUUCGACCUGAGCUUCCAGCCCCGGCGCCGGGAACACGCUCCGGAAGACAUCGAGGACGCCGACAAGGAUGCUGAGGACAGCUGAUCCCUCAGCGACCCGGCUUGUUAUUCGUAACAGAAUCAUCGACAAGUUAACCACUUGCGCUGGCAACGAAUUGAGAAACUCGACAGGAUCUCGAGCGAAGAACUGUGUCUUCGCCUAUUAUAUACAGAUAUGUAAAGAAAUGUUACUUACCAAUAAUUUUAUACGAAGUGGUAGAUUUCAGAACAAUUUAGGAAUAGGGAAAUCUGAUCCAUUUGAUAGUGUUAAUGUUAAAAAGAUAACGGAUGCUUCUAAAUUACUAGAGAAAUUGAUUCAGCAAUACACAAGCUACCUCGCAAAUUGAUUAACCCUUUGAACU